AUGAAGGUUUUAUAUUUCCUAGCGUUAGUGGUACUCUGCAUUGCGGCUCCAAUUGAUACACCCCCAAAAAACCUUAAGGUAACGGUUCACCAGGAAAAUGGCAUUCCAUACUUCGUAGCCAAGUGGGACAAAGUUGAAUCUAGUGAUGAUGAUCCAAUUUUGGGAUACGAUGUCUUAGUGAAUUACGGCAAACUGUAUGUCAAUUUCGAAACGAAAGAAGACGGCUCAAAGGUGACAGAAGUGUUCGCCCCAACUAAACCGGAGAAACCGAUCACCAAACUAGCUGAGUUCGAUGUACCAGCCAGCAGCAAUGAGUACAUUUAUAAAAUAGAAAAGGGGGUAGUAUACCAAGUUGCCGUGAGAUGUUACACGGCUAAAGGCCGUGGCCCACUGUCUGAGUAUGCCAUGUUCUCAUUCCUGUAA